CGUUGGGCCGUGCUGCUGCUCUUCAGCAGCUACUCCUUGUGCAACGCCUUCCAGUGGAUCCAGUACGGCAGCAUCAACAACGUCUUCACGCGCUUCUACGGCGUGAGCCCCUUCGCCAUCGACUGGCUUUCCAUGAGCUACAUGCUCAUCUACAUCCCCCUGCUCUUCCCCGUCGCCUGGCUGCUGGACAAGAAGGGCCUGCGCCUCAUCGCCCUGGCCGGCUCGGCCCUCAAUGCCGUGGGUGCCUGGGUGAAGCUGGGCAGCCUGAAGCCGCGCCUCUUCCCCGUCACUGUCCUGGGACAGGUCAUCUGUGGCCUGGCCCAGGUCUUCAUCCUGGGCAUGCCCUCACGCAUCGCCUCGGUCUGGUUUGGCUCCCAGGAGGUCUCCACCGCCUGCUCCAUUGCGGUCUUUGGGAACCAGCUUGGCAUUGCUGUAGGCUUUCUGGUCCCUCCAGUUCUGAUCCCUAAUGUGGAGGAUGUGGAGAAGCUGGCCUACCACAUCAGCAUCAUGUUCUUCAUGACUGCAGGUGUGGCAUCAGCCCUGUUCAUCCUGGUCAUUAUAGUCUUCAAAGAGAAGCCCCCGAACCCUCCAAGCCGAGCUCAGGCCCUGAUCCAGUCCAGACCAGCUGCAGAGUAUUCCUACGUGCAGUCAAUCCUCCGCCUGCUCCGCAACGCCAACUUUUUGCUGCUUAUGAUCACUUAUGGUCUGAAUGUAGGUUGUUUCUACGCCUUGUCCACUCUGCUGAACCGCAUGGUGAUCCAUCACUACCCAGGGGAGGAGGUGAAUGCUGGCAGGAUUGGACUCACCAUUAUACUGUCGGGGAUGGCUGGGGCUCUGAUCUCUGGCAUCUGGUUGGACAAAACCAAAACCUACAAGCAAACAACGCUAGUUGUCUAUAUCAUGUCUCUGGUGGGAAUGAUAGUCUAUACCUUCACUCUGAGCCUGGGCCACCUCUGGGUGGUCUUUGUGACCGCUGGGUUGCUGGGGUUUUUCAUGACAGGAUACCUUCCCCUGGGCUUUGAGUUUGCUGCAGAGUUGACAUACCCAGAAUCAGAAGGAACAUCAUCAGGGCUCCUUAAUGUCUCAGCACAGAUUUUUGGUAUUGCCUUGACCAUUAGCCAAGGGCAAAUCAUGGAUCGCUUUGAGACAAAGGCAGGAAACCUCUUGCUUUGUUCUGUCCUGUUCCUGGGGACCAUUAUGACAGCAUUCAUUAAGGCUGAUCUCCGAAGACAACGGGCCAAUUUGGAAAAUGAACAGACAAGACUCCAAGGCAGCAAUCAGAUCAUGGAUUAUGGGACUGUAGCUUGUAAAUCUAACCCCAUCAAUUGCCACUCCUGCUCACUAGCUUAUACACACCAAGGUACUCAGCUGAGAGGAAGGACAAGACAGCCUCCAAGAACAGAGUGAAGAUCCCCCUAGACUCAUGUCAGACAGAGAUGUAGAGAUUCAACUAGGUGCACCAAAGAAAAGCCUGGUGCUGGAGCAGAUUAAGAACUGAGCUGUCAGUCAUUUGUUAGGGAGAGGAGGUGCAGACAUUUGGAGUCACUUCUCUGUCAUUUUUACAGUGCAGAUUCUUGGCUGGAGGUGAUACCAGGAACCCUUUAAAGAAUUGGUUUUGGGGUGGAAUGCUUUACUACUCACUGUCCUCUGUGCCACAGGCUGGUCUACUAAGUUAUCCACGCUACCCUUUGCUUUUCAAGGUGUGAUAGACUGUGUGUAUCAUACAGUGCCACAGCCAACAGGACUAACAGGCAAAGAAGAGUGAGUCAAUUGGGAAAAUCAGCCUUAGCCCUGCUAAGAUUAGGGCAUGUUCUGCAGGGACCAUGAAGCUGCUAUACUUUGAGGGAAGUGUGAGGAAAGGUCCCAUGGGCAGGGAGAGUGUUGGUAAAUGGAGUUAUAUCCAGCUGGCAUCAGGUCACCAGUGCUGUGCCCCAAGGCUCAGUAUUGGGGACAGUCCUGUUUAAUGCCUUUGUUGAUGACCAGUAUGAGGGGAUCAAGUCCAUUCUCAGUCAGUUUGCAGACCAAACACCAAAUUGGGCAGGAGUAUUGCUGGAGGGUUGGAAGGCUCUGCAGAGGGAUCUGGAUAGGCUGGAUCCAUGGGCUGAGAUCAUUUAUGAGGUUCAACAAGGUGAGUGCUGGAUCCUGCAGCUGGGUCACAACAGCCUCAAGCAGUGCUACAGGCUUGGAGAAGAGCAGCUGGAAAAUUGCCUAUUGGAAAAGGAUCUGGGGAUGCUGGUCAGCAGCCACUGAACACGUGUGUGCCCAGUGUGUGCCCAGGUAGCCAAGAGGGCCAGUGGCAUCCUGGCUUAUGUCAGAAAUAGUGUGGCCAGCAGGACUAGGGAAGGGUUUGUCCACCUGUACUUGGUGAGGCUGCACCUCAAGUCCUGUAUCCAGUUUUGGGCCCCUCACUACAAGAAGGACAUUGAGGUGCUGGGGCAUAUCCAGAGAAGGGCAAUGGAGCUGGUGAAGGAUCUGGAGCACAAGUCCUGUGAGGAGCACCUGAAGGAGCUGGGGUUGUUUAGCCUGGAGAAAAGGAGGCUCAAGGGAGACCUUUUUACUCUCUACAGCAACCUGAAGGGAGGUCAUAGGGAGCUGGGGGUCAGUCUCUUCUCCCAAGUAACAGGCAAUAGGACAAGAGGAAAGGAACCUCAAGUUACACCAUGGGAGAUUUAGAUUGGGUAUUAGGAAAAUUUCUUCACUGAAAAGGUUGUCAAGCAUUGGAAGAGGCUGCUUAGGGAAAUGUUAGAGUCACCAUCCCUGGAGGUAUUUAUAAGACAUGUAGAUGCAGUUUUUAGGGACACAGUUUAGUGGUGGACUUGGUGGUGCUGGGUAAUGGUUGGACUUGGUGAUCUUAAGAGUCUUCUUCAGCAUAAACAAUUCUGUGGUUGUUGCAAGGAGAAGACUCGGAGUCAGUUGUGAGCCUCCAGAGCAUGCAGAGCUGUGGAGUUGUGCAGAUCUCACUUUCCAUUGAAGCACUCCACCAUUGACUGUGUAGCAGUUUGUCUUCUAUUGGUGCCCUCAUCUGCUGUGGUUAUAAUUAAACAAGUGUUGCAGUUAGUAGAUGAAAUUAACCUAAUGGCCUUGUGUACACUUUGUCCUCUAUUAAUUUAGCUGUAAUGUGGUCCCAACAAUCCUCCCCACUUUUGUCUCUGCCUCAGUUCCCUGAGCUCCAGCUGGGUUAGCUUUCUGUAUCUCUGGAUACUUGAAUCAAAUGCCUGUUUCAUGUGACAAUGAGGCUGUUUGUGUGCUGCCUUUGUUGUAAAUGCAUCUGAAGCCAUUCCAGAGUUGUGCCUUAAGAUUUCGUAGUAGUGUCAGUGAUUGAGCAUGCACAUUGUACUCAUGAAUAUGCUGUGUACUGCUUGUGCUCAUUUGCUUGUGAUUUGCAGCAUCCAUGCAAACCUUUUUGUACUGUUCUUUUGCAUUAAGAAAAAGUACCUUUGCUGAUCUUCCAUAGUUUGUUUAGGACAAGUGUCCACCCUCAGUAGCUUACUGGAGUCUGUUGGAAGCUGCACCAUGCUUGGCCUCUAGUGAAAUACUGCCAAUAAAAAAAUGCUGGAGUUUUGUGUAGUAGGCACAAACAAUGUGUACCCAUUCUCUGCUUCCCAAACUUCCCUACUCCAUUUCUCUGUUUACUGUGUGACAAGCAGCCUUCUCCUGUCCCAAAGCCAUAGGUAGGCCAUCUGUAUGCCCUUUUCCAGUACUGUGACUCACAGCUGUGAGAGAAGCUUUCCUUUCCCAAGGUGGUGGAGCCCUGCAGACUGUCUGAUCUAAAUCUCUGCUCCUGUAGCUCCACAGCAGAUAACUGGUGCUGAGACCCCAGAGGUGCUUGGGGAACCUGGUCUGAGUUGCUUGAGUGCUUCCAUGGUGCAUUCUGGUGGAGUUUCUGAAGUCUAAGUGUGGAUUUCCCCUUAUUCCUACCUCUUGCACCACUUCACGCAUCCCCCCCUACCCUUCCUGCUUGUUGAAGUUCCCUCUUUGCACUUCCUGGCUUUUGCUUUCAGACAUGUCUUUGGCGCUUUCCUUAUCUCACUCUCUGCUUUGGGAUAUUGCUGCUGACUUUUGUAAGACCUUUUCACCUACAGAUUGUGUAAGAGCCUACUCAAAAUGAGACUGUUUCCUAUCUCUUCCUUCCAUGCUGCCUGGAUUUCUCUUGAACUGCACUGGGGAUGUGAACCUCUUUCCUGUGCACCUCUGAUUUCUGCCUCAGAUAUCAGUCUUGCCUUACAGUGAGUAAACUCAGAGCCCAGGCUGCAGGAGACUCCACAUUAACCCUUACAAGUCUGUGUGCUGUCUUCUGAAUUGGUGACAGCUGGGCUGUGUCUCACUGUAAGCAGAAUUAGAACUUGAGAAGUAUGCUUUCCAAAAUCCACUAGGGGAAAAAAAGUCUCAAGUUUAAUCCUAACACACCCCAGAAAGACUCAGAAGCUGAGUUUGUCAAACUCCACCCAGGAAAGCUGAACUGGAAUUACAACAGUUUGGCUGUUUCAUGAAACAGAGGAUGGGGUGGUAAUUGGGCAACAGUCUCCAUUUUCCUUGAUUUUCCUCUGGGAAAAGCUCUCUCCAUCUUAAGGUUCAAAGAAAUUAGGUUGGUUCUUCUACAGGAUUUAUGGAGAAAAAAAAUCUUUUGUAUGUUUGCCUCUUAUUUCUUACAUCUCUUUAAGAUACGAGUAGUGAACUUUGAAGAAGGCACUGCUCUGUGGAAUUAUCUCAGCCAUAAAUCCGAGCUGGGGAAAGGGAAGAAGCAGGACAGAGGGGGCCAGCACUUCAAUGGGCA